UUGUAUGAAGAGGCUGGAGCCGGACGGUUUAGGGUGCAAAACGGCGGGGAGAAACGGGAGGAGCCGAGAAGGAUCCGGAACAAGGCACUGUUUAUAGUAUCUUCCUCCUAUUUACAAGUCUAAAAGCCGGGAUUGAACAGCCACGAGGUUACAGGUCUUGGAAUGAGACAGAGGACAUGCUUACACCACAGGAAAGCCCUCUGCAUGAGAAAAAGCAAAAGAUGUCAUCAGGAUGUACUGAAGAAAGAAUGUCCUUGUUCCAUCAGCAGGGAGAUGAUGUUGAAAGCCAGCAUGGAAACUCAGCAGGGAAGAGAUCUGAGAAAUCUACUUCUUGCCCAGUGGUGUACAAAGAAUGCAGUGACUCAGAUGAGCACCAGAUAAUCCAUAAUAUUGACAAGGACUGUGGGACUGAACGUGCAAAAAGCUGCAAUCAGAGCUCGAUGCUCAUUCCAUGCGAUGAAAUGAAUAUGGUUGAGAAACUCCACAAAUGUCUGGAAUGUGGGAAAAGCUUCCAUUACAGAUCCAACCUUGUGGCGCAUGAGAGGACCCACACAGGAGAGAAACCUUUUCAGUGCGCCCACUGUGAAAAACGGUUUCGUUUGAGCUCACAUCUCUACAGGCAUCAGAAGCUGCACACGGCCGAGCAGCCGUACACGUGUCCGGACUGUGGGAAACUCUUCCGCCACAAAACCAGUUUUGACGCGCAUCAGAGAACCCACACGGGAGAGAAGCCUUUUGUGUGUUUGGACUGUGGGAAGAGCUUCACUCAUCAGUCGGGCCUCAUUGUCCACAAAAGAACCCACACAGGAGAAAAACCAUACUGUUGCACCAAGUGCGGGAAAAGCUUUGUCGAUAGAUCGACCUUGGUGGCGCACGAGAGAGCGCAUAGGGGAGAGAAGCCGCAUAAGUGUGCUGAGUGUGGGAAGACAUUUAUUCACAGAUCCAGGCUCAUUGUCCACGAGGAGACCCACACAGGAGAGAAACCGUAUAAAUGUUCAGACUGCGGCAAAAGCUUCAGUUUAAGCUCCGCCCUCCUCACGCAUCAGCAGAUACAUAUCGGGGAAAAGCCCUACCAGUGCUCAGACUGUGGUAAAAGCUUCGUGCAGAGAGGAAACCUUGUGGCCCACGAGAGAACCCACACGGGAGAGAGGCCGUAUAAAUGCCCGGACUGUGGGAAGUGUUUCAUUGUUAGCUCCAGCCUUCGAACACACCGAAGGACCCACACGGGCGAGAAGCCCUACGAAUGCUCGGACUGCGGGAAGAGCUUCAGUCAGAGUUCGGUCCUUAUGAGGCACCAGAGGAUCCACACAGGCGAGAAGCCGCACGAGUGCUUGGAUUGCGGGAAACGCUUCUCUCAGCGGUCGAGCCUGAUUUCACACACACGGACCCACGUGCGAGAGAUGCCAGACUGGCCGACAGCAGCAGCCCCACAGCAAGUGAAAUGCGACACUGGGGAGAGGUUGCAACAACGCUGGGAGGCCCAGUUGCAGGAGUUCCUGAGGACACUGCAGGCCUCUGACUCUGAACGGGGGAACCCACAGAUGUCUGAGGAGCCCACGCCUUGGGACGACGCUCAGGCUUUCCUGGCCUCUUUUGAGCAAGUUGUGUCGGCGUGCCGCUGGCCUCGAGACAAGUGGGUCACCUUUCUCUUGCCGGCCCUCAGCGGAGAAGCUGAGCAGGCUUUCAGCAGCCUCAGUGUCCGAGACAGAGAGGAUUAUGGGAAGGUGAAGGCCGCCAUCUUGCGAAGAGAAGCCGUCGUGAGGGAGAGGCAGCGUCAGUGCUUCAGACAGCUUUGCUAUCAAGAGGCAGAGGGGCCGAGAGCGGUUUAUAGUAGACUUCAGCAACUUUGCCGUCAGUGGCUGAAAGCGGAGAGGCACUCAAAGGAGGAGAUCUUGGAGCUGCUGAUCCUGGAACAGUUCCUGACCGUCUUGCCCCAGGAAAUGCAGAGCUGGGUCCGGGAACAUGGCCCAGAGUCCAGCACACAGGCCGUGGCCCUGGCCGAGGAUUACUUGUCGAAGCAGCGGCAAGAGGCUGAGAAGCAGCAGCAAAAAGCACCAGAGUUGGAGGCGGAUGAAUUCAAAGGGCUGCAGGCUGCGCAAUACGAGGAUGAGCAAGCCAGCCUGCUCAAAGCAUUUAGGUUCAGAUAUAUGGUUUCAAAUCAACCGUGCUCUGCAGCGCCGUUUGAACGUAAAAUUGCACACAUUUUGGCAUUCAAGAAAACCAAAGCGUAUCCAAAGGAUAUGAGUAAAAGCAAGCGACAGACCUUUAGGCGUUUGACAAAGAAAUAUGCCCUGAAAGGAGGAGAACUAUUUUACGGGAAGCGAUUAGUUGUCCAAACUCGGCGCGAUGCCCAGCGGAUCUUCGCUGACUUUCACAGCAGUAGCCAUGGGGAACACAGAGGCAUUAACAAAACCAAGAUGGCAAUAAGGCAGCAAUAUUACUGGCCAGGAAUGACACAGGAUAUAGGAGCAUGGGUUUUGGUUCCAUUGGCGGAGGCAGUGGCAGACUCUUCCGAGGCAGGCCAGGUUCGGCUGCCGGAUGCCUGGACUGGCAGGGAAGCCAAGCAGAAGUACAGUGAAGAGGUGACCUUGCCAGGUAAUGGGCAGCAGUGGGAGAAUGAGGGGGUUUCCCUCCCUCAGGAAGGCAUUGAACAAACAGAACUAAUUAUGGCAUCUUCAGGAAGAAUUGAAAACUUCCAGAAUAAGCCGAAAAGAAUGACUGUGAGCGAGCAGGGAAACCAACAUGAGAGGGAUGUGGAGGAAUCUAUUUUCUAUGCAAAAGAGGGAAAUGAAGCCAAAGUACAGCAAACAAUCUCCUACUCUGAGGUAAAAAAUGCAUCUUCUGACCUUAUGAAACCCCAGAAUGUUCACAUUGAAGAGAAAGCACACCUGUCUUGUGUCAGGAACAGCUUUGAUUACAGACAGAACCACAUUAUUCAUGAGAGAAUCCACCUGGGAGAGACUAAAGUCUUCAAAUGCACCCACAGUGGGAAAAGCUUUAGCCACGUCUCCAGCUGUAAGGAACACCUGAGAACCCAUGCUGUGCAGGCCCUGUAUCGAUGCUGUUAUUGCGGCAAAAACUUUGGCCAGGGUUCCGUCUUCCGGGAACACGUCAAGACCCACACGGGCGACAGACCAUACAGGUGCUUGGAUUGUGGGAGAAGCUUCAACCGGAAGUGUUACCUGACGAUCCACGAGAGGUUGCACAGGGGAGAGAACCCGUACAUGUGCAUCCAUUGCGGGAAGAGCUUCUCUAAGGGGUCGAAGCUGGUCAUCCAUGAGCGAAUCCACACGGGUGAGAACCCCUACAUUUGCUCGGCGUGCGGGAAGAGCUUCAAUCAGAAGGGCAACCUCGUGACCCACAUGCGGAUUCACACGGGCGAGAAACCGUACAAAUGCACCCAUUGCACGAAGAGGUUCAGUCAGAAGGCGGGCCUUCGUUCGCAUGAGAAAACUCACAUGGGAGUCAAAAGAACCGUUCUGGAUGCCCUGGAAAGUUUAGCCUGCUCGUUUCUGUACAUUGAACACCUCUUAGAAGCACAACAGCAGGCCAGGCGGUACGUUCUACCGUUCGUCGCCCACCCUUCGGUACUGGAUGAGAAGACUUCCAAAAGAAGCCCCCUUGCGCUGGGUGAAAUAUCAGAGUGCUGCCUGGACGUGGGGGGCCUCCCCUCAGGACGGCUGGACACAGAGGAGGGAACGGCACCAGCUCUGAAAAUGGAGGAGCAGGCCCCAGCCGGCUCCGGGCUGUGGGAAGGGAAGCAGGGAGAGGCCAAGAAAGGGCCGCCGCAGGUGGUGCACGCGGGCAGCAUCGGGACCUUCCUGAGCAAAGGGCCCCCGCCCCAGGUGAAACGAGAGCCGGACGAGGUCCCCCAGCAGCACUGGGAAGCCCAGUGGCAGGAGUUCCUCAGGAGCGUGCAGGCCCCUGACCCGGGACAACUGCCUCAGCCCGCGUCGGGGAGUGACUCAAAGGAUUUCCAGGCCUCCUUCAAAGGCGUCGUCAAUGCCCCGCAGUGGUCGAGAGGAGGCUGGGCCGCCCAACCCCUGCCGAGCCUCGGCGGAGAAGGCCGCAGGGUGUACCGGAGCUUGGACUCCUUCGCGAAAGUCAAGGAAGAGAUUCUGAGCGAGGACACCGUCCGCCUGGAGAUGCGGCGCCAGCAGUUCCGGCAGUUCUGCUACCAGGAGGCCAAAGGGCCCCGGGAGGUUUGCGACACGCUGCGGGAGCUUUGCCGUCAGUGGCUGAAGCCGGAGCGACGCACCAAAGAGCAGAUCCUGGAGCUGCUCGUCCUGGAGCAGUUCCUGAUCAUCCUGCCCUUGGAGAUGCAGAGCUGGGUCCGGGAGAGCGGGCCGGAGAGCUGUGCCCGUGCUGUGGCCCUGGCAGAGGACUUCCUGGUGGGCCGGCGGGACAGCAAGAGAUGGGGGCUGCAGGUACCUGUGCCUUUUGCGGAGGUGGCUGUGAAUUCCGCCGAGGCGGGCCAGGUUCCGUCAGACACUUGGAACCGGCAGCUUUGCAGAGCAGCCAAGCAGGAGUUGGGCAAAGAAGGAAGCCUUCUGGGCAAUGGGCCGCUGGGAGAUUCCUUCCGUCAGGAGGCUUCUGAUCAAGUGGAACCACACGAUGCGUCCAUGAGAAUAGGCUUAGUUUUCCAACAUUAUGAAGAAGGAAUGAUGGCCUUGGGGCAGCAAGGGGCAGCGGCAAAGCAGACGAAGGACACAGAAAGCAGGAUAGCUGAAGCUCUUCCCUCUUGGGAAGGUGACUUUCACGAGAAAGAAACCAAAAGGCACAACUGUGAGGGGCUAAAAAUGAGCGCUAACAGUGGUGAAGGAAGCUUCAGACCAAGUGGAGACCUUCUUAAACAAGAAACGGUCCCCGCGGACAAGAAGCCCCUCAGGUCCUCACACUGUGGGGAAAUCUUCCCUCAGAGUUCCAGCCUCAUUGCCCACGAGAGAAGCCACAUGGGGGACAGGCGCUUCAAGUGUUCCGAGUGUGGGAAGAGCUUCAAUCAGAAACGGUACUUGACGGGGCACAAGCGGAUCCACAAGGGGGAGACCCCGUACAAAUGCUCGGACUGCGGGAGGAGUUUCAAUCGCAAGUGGAACCUCAUAGCCCACAAGAGGAUCCACUCAGGGGAGAACCCCUACAAGUGCUCGGACUGUGGGAAGACGUUCAGUCAGAAGGGGAACCUCAUGACCCACGUGAGGAUCCACACAGGGGAGAAACCGUACAAAUGCGCCGAGUGUGGGAAAAGAUUCAGUCAGCGGGCAGGCCUUACUUCACAUCGGAAAAGCCAUAUAAAAAUCGACACUGUUGGAAAAGCUACUGUGGGCUAUCUGAUCUUCUUAAACCUAAGUGACUCCAAACAAGAGGGGAGUCCUGUGCAAGCUCAGCGAGUGGAGACAAGUUUGCCUUCUUGAACACAACCGGUUUUACAUUUGAAAAAAGUUAAUCUGCAUAGGCGAUAACUCUUUUUUUUUUUAA